AGGAAAUUGGUCAACAGUAUACGUACUUUCAGAAUGCAUCAUCAGAUAUCAACAUUGUAAAACUGCGGUUUAUGACAAUGCAACAAGAAAUGAAAGAGGAAGUGAAAACACUGAAUCAGAUCACCAAUGAUCUUCAGUUAAAAGACUGGGAACAUUCUGUCACGUUGAAAAACCUAACAAUGAUUCAAGGUCCUCCUGGUCCUAAAGGAGAAAAGGGGGACAAUGGCUUAGCAGGAAUAAUUGGAAGACCAGGACCUUCAGGACCUGCAGGUGCAAGAGGACCGCAAGGUUAUGUAGGACGCGGAACUAAAGGUGAACCAGGUGCUAAAGGUGAAAAAGGACAAAAGGGGGAAAAAGGAGAAAAGGGAGAAGGAAAUUCUGGCACUGUGGACUUUUCAACUCCUUCUAGCAAAACAGAACCCACUGUUCGCCUCAUGGAUGGCACUGGGUCUCACCGAGGAAGGGUUGAGGUUUUUUACAAUGGACAAUGGGGCACCAUAUGCGAUGAUCACUGGGAUGAUACUGAUGGAAAAGUGGUAUGCAGGAUGCUGGGAUUUUCAGGAGUUGCUCGGGUUUUUACCAAAGCAUUCUUUGGUCAAGGAAAGUUCAAAAUAUGGAUGGAUGAUGUUAGAUGUUCUGGAUAUGAAAGUUCCAUUACACAAUGUAACUUCAGAGGCUGGGGAAUCACAGAUUGCUCACAUGUUGAAGAUGCUGGAGUGGAAUGCGUCAAAUAA